AUGAAGGUUAUAGAGAAGAUCCGGGAUGCGGCCGCUAAUGAUGCGAACAGGGUCGUGUUUUCCUUCGAGUUUUUCCCGCCCAAGACGGAGGAUGGCGUCGACAAUCUCUUCGAGAGAAUGGAGCGGAUGGUGGUGCACAACCCGUCGUUCUGCGAUAUAACAUGGGGAGCUGGUGGUUCCACGGCGGACCUGACGCUUGAGAUUUCUAACAGGAUGCAGAACAUGGUGUGUGUGGAGACUAUGAUGCAUCUUACCUGCACAAACAUGCCUGUUGAGAAGAUUGACCACGCGCUAUCUACUAUCAAGUCGAAUGGGAUACAGAAUGUCCUUGCUCUACGCGGUGACCCCCCUCACGGCCAGGACAAGUUCGUCAAGGUUGAGGGUGGGUUCGCCUGCGCUCUCGACCUCGUGAAGCAUAUCCGUGCCCAGUAUGGUGAUUACUUUGGGAUCACUGUUGCUGGUUAUCCAGAGGGACAUCCUGAUGUGAUUCAAGUGGCUACGGAAGAGGCAUACGAGAACGAACUUGCUUAUCUUAAGAAAAAGGUUGAUGCUGGUGGCGAAGUUAUUGUAACCCAACUCUUCUAUGAUACCGAUAUUUUCCUUAAAUUUGUCAAUGACUGUCGUCAAAUUGGAAUUACCUGUCCCAUUGUUCCGGGGAUUAUGCCCAUCAACAAUUACAAGGGCUUCAUUCGGAUGACUGGUUUUUGCAAAACUAAGAUACCUGAUGAGAUUACAGCUGCUUUGGAUCCCAUCAAGGACAAUGAAGAAGCUGUGAAGGCGUAUGGAAUUCACCUUGGAACAGAAAUGUGCAAGAAGAUUUUGGCUAGUGGGAUCAAAACAUUGCAUCUUUACACGUUAAACAUGGAAAAAUCUGCACUGGCAAUAUUGAUGAAUCUUGGGCUGAUCGAGGAAUCCAAAAUUUCAAGGUCCUUGCCUUGGAGACGUCCCACAAAUAUUUUCCGUGUCAAGGAAGAUGUUCGUCCUAUAUUCUGGGCUAAUCGUCCAAAAAGCUACAUCUCACGGACUAUAGGUUGGGACCAAUACCCUAGUGGCCGAUGGGGAGAUUCUCGAAAUGCAUCAUAUGGAGCACUCACUGAUUACCAGUUCAUGCGACCACGAUCACGCAAUAAGAAACUUCAUGAAGAAUGGGUUGUUCCUUUGAAAAAUGUCACAGAUAUUUACGAGAAAUUUAUGAAGUUCUGUCUUGGGAAACUGAGAAGUAGUCCUUGGUCCGAAUUAGAUGGGCUUCAGCCAGAGACAAAGAUCAUUAACGAACAACUCGGUAACAUAAACUUGAAAGGUUUUCUCACCAUCAACAGCCAACCAGCAGUUAAUGGUGCAAAGUCUGAUUCUCCAACUGUUGGAUGGGGUGUGCCUGGGGGAUACGUUUAUCAAAAGGCAUACUUGGAAUUUUUCUGUUCUCCACAGAAGUUGAAUGCGUUGGUUGAGAAAUGCAAAUCUUUCCCGUUCCUUACCUACAUGGCUGUCAAUAAAGACGGAACCUGGUUUUCCAACGUCAACCAAACCGAUGUGAAUGCAGUGACAUGGGGAGUCUUUCCGGCAAAGGAGAUUAUACAACCAACCAUUGUGGAUCCUGCCAGCUUCGUGGUAUGGAAAGAUGAAGCAUUUGAAACGUGGUCAAGAGGAUGGGCGAAGCUCUAUCCAGAAGGUGAUCCAUCCACAAAAUUACUUGAAGAGGUGCAAAGAAAUUAUUUCUUGGUCAGCUUGGUUGAUAACGAUUACAUCAAUGGUGAUAUGUUCGUUGUGUUUAAAGAUAUCUGA